AUGAGGGCGAAGAAGAGGCUUAGCCGGUGGGCCCUUACGUCCGUUUUCAUCGUCGCUCGCUCGCGCACAACGCGCUCUCCUUUCCCGCACAGCGCAGAACGAGGAGCUGCUACUCCCGGAGAGAAGGGAGCAGAGAGGUCGGCCGCUGCUGCAGACGACGGCCGCCGGCUGAUGAGCCGCGCAACCCCUUCGCCGUCCCGCCGUCGCUGCCCGACUAUAGCUGCUCCCCCUUUCCCCUCUACGCGAGCCGGACUCGGCGACGAAGGAGAGACGGAGAGCCUCAGGGGCGGCAGAAGGAGGAGGAGGAGGAGGAGGAGGAGGAGGAGGAGAGGGGAUACGGAGCCGCGGGCGUGGCGGGGGGUGGCGGGGGCGUGGCCGCGGUGCGCGCGCCCGCUGCGCAGUGGGGGCGGCCGAGGGCUCCGCCGGCGGCGAGCGCGCCUCCGCCAAAAAUCUGGCCGCGUCGCCGCCGCCGCCUCCGCCGCCUCCGCCGCCGCCGCUGCCGCCUCCGGCCGACACUCGGCGCGGAGCCGUCCUCCGCUGCUCUGCCCUCGCCGCACUCUGCCAGCCACCCCCUCCUGCCCGCCCCUCCAGGCACCGCUCGCUUCCCGCCGCGUGCUGUCAAGUGAAGUGGCCGGCGACCUCCGAGGCGGCGCGGGAUGCGGCCCGGCGACGGCGGGCCGCGCUGCGGACAGGCGCCCUGCUGAGGCGACGCGGCCGGGCAUGCGGUCCAAGCCGGUGGCACGGAGGCUCGCGCAAGGUAGGAGACGGCUCGCUGCUCGCUGCGCGCUGCCGGCGCUGCUCGCGUGGGAGGGGGCCGCCGCCUGCCGCCUGCCGCCACCCCUCGCCAGCAUAUGUUGUUUUGUUUUGCCUCCCUCACGAGCGCGCUGCGGACACUGGCCUGACAGUUGCCAGGCGCCGCGCCGCCGCCCGCCACUCAGCUCGUGGACGGGACGCGCUUCCGGCCGCUGGGCGUCGUGUGAAGGCCGACGCCGGCCGCCGCGCCGCGCCGCGCCGCACGCAUAA